AAUGAAAUCAAUUGGAACAUUAUUUGUUAUCUUAGCAAUAGCAUCAUGUAUCUAUACACCUGCUGAACGUCAAUUCAAUUAAGAAGCUUUGACUGGAGCCUAUAAAUAUAAUAAUUUACCAGAACCUUAACAUAUUUCUAAUUGUGGAGAUAAUGCUACCUAAAUUGAUCUUUUUAAUUUUGUUGGUUAUAUGCUACAAAAAGCUGACAAAGCAAGUCUUGCUUAAUUAUUAGGAUUAAAGAAAGAAGUUGAUGAUUAUUUUAAUGUAAUUUAAUCUAACUAUGAUUUUAGGGACUUCCUGAAGAAUAUACUAAUUGUUUAUAUGCCGAGCCAGAAUUUUUGGAGAUUUGUACUAUAUAUGGAUUGAAAGAAACUGAUAAAAUGGAAUAAAUCACUGAUAAAAUUUAUCAAUAUGCAAUUGGACAUUUUAUUACCACUAAGAAAGAAAUUCAUUAGGGAAAUUUAUUAUGGAAUACAGAUCACAAAUAUAAUGAUGCAGGGUAUCUAAUUGCUAGUUUUACUAAGAAAGCCUUAGUAACAGGAGUAGAAUAUGUUGAAUGAUU